AUGACGGAAAGCGUCGGGGCUUUGGAGAGCCUGAGGAGGUGUUGCUUCCCCUGCAGUACACCACCCUGUCACUUCUGGCCUCCAUCUUGCUGCUCUCGAGAAAAAGCCAUGACUGCCUUCAAGGACAUCUGGACUCAGGAGUUCUGGCGCUGUGUUGGGGCCGAGUUCGUCGCCAUGCUGCUCUUUGUCCUGCUCAGCCUCGGGUCAACCAUCAACUGGGGGGCUGUAGAUGAGGAUCCCCGUCCCUCUGAUCUGGUGCUCAUCUCGCUCUGCUUCGGCCUGAGUAUUGCCACCAUGGUGCAGUGCUUCGGCCACAUCAGCGGGGCUCAUAUUAACCCGGCAGUCACAGCAGCCAUGGUGAUUACCAGAAAGCUCAAUAUGGCUAAAGCCAUUUUCUACCUGCUGGCCCAGUGUGUGGGAGCCAUAGUGGGUGCCGCCAUUCUGUACAGCAUCACCCCAGCCUCUGUCAGAGGCGGCAUGGGGGUCUCAACGAUAAAUAAGAACAUCUCCGUGGGCAACGCAAUGGUUGUAGAACUCUUCAUCACCUUUCAGCUGGUCUUCACCGUGUUUGCUACCUGUGACCACAAACGUAAUGACCUGAAGGGUUCUUCCGCUUUGGCUAUCGGCCUGUCUGUGUGUAUUGGUCACCUGUUUGCUAUUCCCUACACUGGAGCCAGUAUGAACCCGGCCCGAACCUUUGGACCUGCCAUGGUCACAUGGAGCUGGGAACACCACUGGGUGUACUGGGUCGGUCCAACUCUGGGUGGGACUCUGGCUGCAGCCCUGUACGAAUACAUUUUCUUUCCAGACCCGGAGCUGAAGAGACAUUACUCUGAGGCCUUCAUCCACACACCUUUCACUGCUACUAAACACCGGCAGGACUCAGUCACAGCCCAGGAGCCUCUCUUCACUGUCAUGGAUGUGGAGAGAGCUGAGAGGAAGGAGCGAGAGAGGGAGAUGGAGGUAUCGGGGGAUGUGUUGUCCUCUGUAUGA